AUGACCACAAACACUUCCUCCCAAGCUCUAGAUGAUCUUGUCAGAGCAACCGACCUCUUUCGCGAACAAUAUCUACGCGCUUUGACAAACCUUCAAGAUGGCCUCAUCGCUCAUAGACGAGACACGGCAGAGAGCCAUGCUCGUAGCAGCAUCUCUAUGCCUGAGCCUUACGGCGCCUUUACACCACCCUUGAGAGCUUCAACUGGCCCAACAUUCGCAACAGAGGGCUCUUUGUCUCCUAUAUUCAGGAGAGGGAGGGCUGCAACUCUGGACAGCACAAAAGAAACACCAUCUUUAUCUGCUGAGCCUCAACAUUUUACGGGUUCACCAAGUGGCAGUCAUCGCGUUGUCUUUACGCAGGACGAAGAUGUUUCUUUUAUUCCUCUCCUGGACAACACCACAGCUACUACCACAACGCGAAAGGUUGAGGACUAUCCCCAUAAUGUUGUCAGGAAUCAUCUCGACCAGGCAGACUUGUCCGAUGGUCAACUCCUCCAGCAUCUCAACAGCGAAGAUUUCACUCCUGAAAUGUCAUCUCUCCUUGACGAUAUCAUGAAGCGACGUUCCGAGAUUGAUAUAGAUGUGCCGUUUCGUGUUCUUGCGGCGUAUGAGAGAGAACAGUACAGUCAGUCCACAUUUGAAGUGUACGAGGUUGGCCAUAACUGUAAACUCACCAAACUCAGCGCUGACGGAGAUGGAGAUGGGCAGUCAGACGUCAAGUACACGGGUGAAGGCCCCUAUGAGAUUUCGGCUGAUAACGUCGAUGCUCCUACGAUAUGGGAAACAAUCAGGGUUGUCAACCAAAGCGGCACGUCUGUAGGUCGAAUUACCAUCAUUCAAGAACCUACACCUCUCAUCCUUGCAGCACUUCACUUGACCAUGUCUCCACACUUUGACAUGAAUGAGCUGCUCACUCACCUCCUCUCUGACGAGCCCAACCGUGGCCGUACUCAUGCCUUCAUGACUAGAGCGUACGAGAGGCCUCGCUCUCAAGCAACUUCUCACUCACCCGUCGUUGCUCCAUCAUCGCCGGUCCCGCUCACAACCGGACUGUCAGUGCCACCAAGCCCUCCUACACCCAACGUCCGUCAGAAGUCUUUCUUUUUUGUCUUCAAGUACUACACAGUUGUUAGUCCCCCUCUUGAACCGGCUCCUUGGCAGCGUUUCGAUAAAAGACCUUCAGAAAGUCGUCUUGGAGAUCAUAUCGAUAUUGCUGAGUGCGGCUCUGUAUUGGCUCUGUCACUCGGUGGAGACUCUCAGAAGGCUCCUCCUAUGCGUUCGAGAAGAGAGCGUGCUCGAGAAGGUGUUCUAUUCAAUACAUUCGGUCCAUGGCAGUUGCUUGCUAUCCAGAGCUUUCCUGAUAACUCUCAUACUGUCCGUGGUCCAGAGUUUCAGGAGAAGAAAUAUGUCAAUGGGCCAUAUGCAUUUCUGGACUUACUCGUCUCCGAGUAUCGUGAUGCAACGAAGCGAAAUCUGAUCCUCCAUGAGCGAGUUACCAAGCUCAUCACUCCUCCUACCGAAUUCAUGUUUGACCCUAAACUCAGAGACAAGCUUUUAUUUGAAGAUAAGCACUUCACCUACAUUCGAAGGUACUUCUGGGCGUACAAUACCCUCGCUGUUGUGAACACAGGCAUCAAGUCAAUGAUCGCGGCAUACAUCGAUACAUUCACCGACAGCUUCUGGGCUGGCACCCACCCAAUUCUAUGGCCACAUCACGCCGCUGAUUCGCCUGAUGGGAUUGCCUAUCGCGACCAUAUGGCUAAACUGCGCCGUGAGCUUGACAAAGUUGUCCAAGAGCUUACAGAGGUCCUCAAGCGCAAUGAACGAACCCGUAAGGAGAUCGAGAACUUGCGAGAUCAGCUCUUCAGUGGAAGCUCCAUCAAGGAAAGCCGGAGAGCUAUUGAACAAGGCGACAACAUCAGAGUCCUCACAAUGAUCAGCAUGAUCUUCUUGCCACUCACUUUUGUCACGUCUGUCUUCGGUAUGACGGUCUUCACAGUCCCCGCAACUGACUGGCGUUUCCCUCUGACAAUGAUCCUCGUCUGUGUCCCCUUCAUGCUUCUCGUUACCUUCCUCCAAACACGUUCGUUUGGUGUCCUACUGCGCAAACUUGGUGCCAUUGGCAGCGCACCUGUUCGUCUUAUGGCCCAAGUCCGCAGCCGACCUCGAGAAAUCACAGACGUCCCGGACAAUAUCUCAAUCGCAGCGGCUAGGGUGAGACGAAGUAGUGGUACAUUAUUUACGAGGAUGAUAACAUGGCUCUGGAGUAAGAGAACGGCAUCCAAGGUCGAGAGGGAUGAUUUGGGUGGUGUUUAG